GAUCUGCCACGCAGGGGAAUCUCCAGCCUGGCAGUCUUCUACCACGUGGCGCUCGACCUGGCUUUAUAAAAAGAGAGUCGGCAAUCAAUCAGCGAUCGUGGUGUUAGUCUUCGUCUCUCUCCUUCGUCCGAGAGUUUGAAGUUUGGGAGGGAGGAGUUUCUUCCGUCGGUUCGAUCGAUCGUGGGUGAUUGGCUUUUCGAGUCGGCCAUGGCGAGCAGGAUGAUCGAUGGAGCGUCCAACACCAAUGUGGCUCAGCGCUUGAAGCAGAAGUCUCCCGAGUCGAGCCGCGUGCUUCGAAUCGGCGGAGUUCUUGCUGGGAUCGUGACGGUGAUGGUGGCGGGGACGACGGCGGUGGGAGGAACCAUGGUGGCGCUCUUGGUGGCAUCGCCGCUGCUCAUCUUGUUUAGCCCGGUGCUGGUGCCGCUGGCCAUCGCCGCCGCAGUCGUGCUUGGGUGUCUCGUCUCCUUCCUCGCGGUGGUGGCGAUGGUGGCGUGGCUGUACAAGUAUGUCAAGGGACGCCGCCCCGUGGGUGCUAACCAGGUGGACGCUGCCAAGAACCGCAUUGUGGACACGGCGUCGCAAGUCACCGAGAAGGCCCGCGAGGUUGGAUCCAACGUCAGUGGCUACCUCCACAACAAGACCAACGCGUGAAACCAGCGCGAUGAAUAAGCUUGCUCGCAAGCUUCUCGGAGAGAUUUGUGGCUAGCUUCCAUGCUAGCCAUGGAGAUGAAUCGUGUUGUCUGUAUUCUUCUUUGGUUUCAAUCGAGUAUCUAAGUUGGUUUC